UAAAUAGCGCACCGAUUCCUCUCUCCCUCACUCACUACUCACUCUCUGUUGUCUUUUGAAUCUGCUCUCUCUAAUCUCCUCUCAAAUCUCACCUCUCUUAACAAGUGCGCCAUCUCUCCCGAUCGUCAUGGCCUCCAACAAGAAGAUCAAGAUUGGAAUCAACGGGUUUGGAAGGAUCGGUCGUUUGGUUGCCAGGGUUGUUCUUCAGAGAAAUGAUGUUGAACUCGUCGCCGUUAACGAUCCCUUCAUCACCACUGACUACAUGACUUAUAUGUUCAAGUACGACACCGUUCACGGCCACUGGAAGCACAACGACAUCAAGGUCAAGGACUCCAACACCCUUCUCUUUGGCGAGAAGCCCGUCACUGUUUUCGGCAUCAGGAACCCGGAAGAGAUCCCAUGGGGAAAGUCUGGAGCCGAGUAUAUCGUCGAGUCUACUGGUGUUUUCACAGACAAGGAAAAGGCUGCUGCUCACUUGAAGGGUGGUGCUAAGAAGGUCAUCAUUUCUGCUCCUAGCAAGGAUGCGCCCAUGUUUGUUGUGGGUGUGAAUGAGAAAGAAUACAAGCCCGAGCUUGACAUUGUUUCUAACGCUAGCUGCACCACCAACUGCCUUGCUCCCCUCGCCAAGGUUAUCAAUGACAAUUUUGGAAUUGUCGAGGGUUUAAUGACCACCGUCCACUCCAUUACCGCUACCCAGAAGACUGUUGAUGGGCCCUCAAGCAAGGACUGGAGGGGUGGAAGAGCUGCUUCCUUCAACAUUAUCCCCAGCAGCACUGGAGCUGCUAAGGCCGUUGGGAAAGUUCUUCCGUCACUUAAUGGCAAAUUGACUGGAAUGGCCUUCCGUGUACCCACUGUGGAUGUUUCAGUUGUUGACCUCACUGUCAGGCUUCAGAAGAAGGCAACGUAUGAGGAGAUAAAAAAGGCUAUUAAGGUUGCAUCCGAGGGCAAGCUUAAGGGGAUUUUGGGUUACACUGAAGAUGAUGUGGUGUCUAGUGACUUUGUUGGUGACAGCAGGUCUAGCAUAUUUGAUGCCAAGGCCGGAAUUGCAUUGAAUGAAAACUUUGUGAAACUUGUCUCUUGGUAUGACAACGAGUGGGGCUACAGCACCCGUGUGGUUGACUUGAUUGUCCACAUCGCAUCCGUACAUGCUUGAAUCUAACCUGAAUAUUCAAGGCAUCGUCUUGUAUGUGCUUGUUGAGUCUAGGGUUUAGAUAUGGGUGUACUCCAUUUGCAGUUUAUAAUAAUAAACCUGCGAGUCUUGGAGCUAUUUUUGGCUAAACUUCUGCUCUGGGUAGCUUUUGGUCUCUGUUGGGGAUGUUUUUUGUCUUGAUGUUCAAGGGAUUUCCUUUCGUUUUUACUACAAGAUAAUGGUAGAGGGCCAAUAUCAACUGAUAUAAGCAUAUGGUUCUCAAAUGAGUUGAUUGCCAUUUUUUCCCCUUUCA